AUGCUGUCCAGGACAAUUAGGCGGAGCAUUGCGUCGCCCUUCAGGCGCAAUGUCAUUGCCCCCGCUGCGCGACCCGCCUUCAGGUCUGUCACCACUGACGCCGCUUCAUCGCAUACCGACCCGGCGAAUGUGCCAGCGGAGGACGACAAGCCCUUCGAGAUCCGCCUCUCUGAUGAGUCGUUUGAGACAUAUGAGCUCGACCCGCCGCCGUACACUAUGCAAGUGACCAAGAAGGAGCUGAAGAAGAUGUACUACGACAUGGUCGCUGUACGACGCAUGGAAAUGGCCGCCGACAGGCUCUACAAGGAGAAGAAGAUCCGGGGUUUCUGCCAUUUGUCUACUGGCCAAGAAGCCGUCGCCGUCGGUAUCGAACACGCCAUCGAACGUGCCGACCAUCUCAUCACCGCCUACCGCUGCCACGGCUUCGCUCUGAUGCGCGGCGCAACCGUCAAGUCCAUCAUCGGUGAAUUGCUCGGCCGGAGAGAGGGUAUCGCAUACGGAAAGGGUGGAUCUAUGCACAUGUUCGCCCCCGGCUUCUACGGUGGAAACGGUAUCGUCGGUGCCCAGGUCCCAGUUGGUGCCGGUAUCGCUUUCGCCUGCCAGUACGAGAACAAGAAGAACGUCACCCUCGCUCUUUACGGAGACGGUGCCUCCAACCAGGGUCAGGUCUUUGAGGCUUUUAACAUGGCAAAGCUCUGGAACUUGCCCGUCAUCUUCGGUUGCGAGAACAACAAGUACGGUAUGGGAACUGCUGCUAACCGUUCAUCUGCCCUCACCGACUACUACAAGCGUGGUCAAUACAUCCCUGGUCUGAAGAUCAACGGUAUGGAUGUCCUCGCUGUCAAGGCCGCUGUCAAGUACGGAAAGGAGUACUGCGCUGCCGACAAGGGUCCUCUCGUCUACGAAUACGUCACCUACCGAUAUGGAGGACACUCCAUGUCCGACCCCGGAACCACAUACCGAACCCGUGAGGAAAUCCAACGCAUGCGCAGCACCAACGACCCUAUUGCCGGCCUCAAGCAGAAGCUCCUUGACUGGGGCGUCACCUCCGAGGAGGAGCUCAAGUCCAUCGACAAGCAGGCCCGCUCUGAAGUCGAUGCAGAGGUCGCCGAGGCCGAGAAGAUGGCCGCCCCUGAGCCAACCGGCAAAGUCCUGUACGAGGACAUCUACGUUCGUGGCUCUGAGCCAGAGUUCCUGAGGGGACGUAUCCCAGAGGAGAACUUCUACUACACCGAGCACGACAUGGGUGGUGAGAAGAAGCCCGUUGCCAGGACGGCAUAG